AAACCGUCUCUCUUGUCAAACACAACUGAGAACUGCAAUGUUUGGUUGAUGAGUCGAAAAAUACAUUUAUUGACUAGGAAAACAAGGAGAUUAAGUUUUUUGUACGCAUAAAGCGUAACAAAAAUCAUUCAAGUUCUGCUCUGAGUAAAUUGCGUUGACGCAAAUUGAAUCCAGUUGCACUGGCUGGCAUUUUGCAAAUGGUGCAAAAUACGGUUCAAGCGUACAAACAACUGGCUUAAAACGAGAUGUCUACCGAACAAAGCGAUGACUCUAAUGCACAUCUACAUUCGGACAGUGCCACUGUUUUGCGGCAGAAAAAUCGAGCCAAUCGGAAAAUUAUUACUUACGUUCCCGUCGAAGCAGUUGGGAAGAAAUCAUCAGAUACAAAGGGCUUUACUCUGUUGAGAGCUAAAGAUACGGUUGAUGCUUUGAAUAAUAAAUUGAAGCGGUACAAACACGGUUUUGAAAUUCCGAAAUCAAUUGCCAGAAAAAUUAAGCAGCGGCGCAUAAGUCAAUGGAAUGAGCAAAAUGAUGCCGUUAUUGACGAAAAUGAUGAAAAUUCAAUGGGUAUUGAAGUCACCGAGGAGAUUCACAAAUUAAAUCAAAAACAUCGAAAAAGAAAUAGAAAUAGAAAGAGUGAACCGCAAAAAUCCAAACGUUCAAAACUGCAUACUCAACCAAGUCCAUCUCCAGGUCAAGCUACCGUUGACCCUCAAACCGAUACAUACGAUACUUUUUGGAAAGUAAGAGCAAAUUCAUUCAGCACAUUUUUGUUUGAUUUCUUCGAAGUAAAAUCACGGAGUGAAGAUAUGUCGAGACUUUUUGUCAAAUGUUUGCUGUGUUCAGGCGAUAAGGAACUACUUUCUUGUGUGUACGGCAACAAUUCAAAUUUGAAGGCCCACCUCGAAUCAAUGCACAGAGAAGCUUUUGAAGAGAUAGAAAAUUCUUAUUCUGUGUCAAAGUCACAAUCGGUUUCAGCUCGAACAUCUAAAAAGUUAACAAAAUCUGAGCUACUAGACGAAGUUCUUCGAUUUAUCAUUAAGGAUAACAUUCCUGUUGUUAAAGUCGAAAGUCCCCAUUUAAAACGACUUCUUGAAGUAUGUUUUGGAGGAGAAUUAAAACCAGGUGAAAACCAUACUGAUGAGAGUUCUCAAAAUGAAAAUAACAUUGAUUCAGAAGUGAAAGACGGUACAAAAGGCCUUUUCUCCAGUAAAACAGCAAAGCGACGUAUUUUGAAAUUAAGAGAGCAACAUGUCAAUGACUUGAAACGACAGUUCAAAUCAAUACCCUAUUUCAGUGCUACAUGUGACAUUUGGUCUCGUAACAACCGCUCGUACAUCGGUGUAAACGUGCACUAUAUAGUUGAAUCUACUAAUGAACUGAAGACGAUAAUAAUCGCUUGUGAAAGAUUCCAUGGAAGUCAUGAUCACAAAGCGGUUGCUAAGAAAUUGAAAGAAAUUUUGGCACGUUACGGUAUUUCGAAGAAAGUGGUUGCAAUAACAACCGACAACGCAGGAGAGUUUCAAUGUGCACUUGUACGAUUUGGUAAAAAUUACGAUGAAUUCGUGAAUAUGGCACGCGAGCGCGAAGAUGAAUGGAUUUGGUUCAACGAUGCACUUAUGGGGUCUCCAAAUGAAGAUGAUGCAAGUGAAUACGUAAGACUUAGCGAUCUCAUCGAUACAACUGGAGUUAUAUCUCCAUUGAGCAAAGAUAGUUCACCCGACGAACCUGAAUUUAUUCUUCAUGAUAUUGUGUUAUCUGAUGACAUAGCGAAUGAAGAUGAUAUGGAUGAUGUGCCACUUCCAAGUCAAAUCAAAUGUUCUGCUCAUACUUUGAAUCUGUUGGGAAAAACUGACUCCUUUAAUGCUUUGUUAGAUGAGAAAUAUUGUAACGUUUAUGGAGAAGUUUUCACGAAAUUGAAUUUGAUUUGGGCAACAUCAACAUCAAGCCGAGCAAACAGUGAAUUAGUCGAAAAGUACCUCGAGCGGAAAUUGAUAAAACCACACAAAAUCCGAUGGAACCGAAUCUACGAUUCGAUCACAAACAUUUUGUCCUUUGACCACGUCUGACAGCUUUGUGCAUAGCAUUAAAUAUCACUACAUUGACUGAUACUGACUAUGCAUUCAUACUCGAGUUUAGAUCAGUAAUGCGUCCGAUAGCAGAAGGCUUGACUGCUUUGGAAGGAAAUAUUCUUUUUGGAUCUUAUUUACCUCAUUUGUUCGGAAUAAAGGCUCAACUCGAUCGUUUGAAGAAUCAAAAACUACAUUUUUGUGAACCACUUUUGAACGCGAUAUAUGACGGUUUCACUGAGCGCUUCAAAAAUCUGAAGAGGUUACACAAGAAACACAAAAGGAUAAAUUGGUUGAAAAUGAAGAUGAAAAUAUGGACUGUUUCGAUUCGAUGGAAAACGAAGACGAAGGAAUGAUUUUUUCACCAAGACGGCGUCAAAUAAGCGAUGAAAUGUUCGAGACCCUGCUUAUGCUGAAGGUUAACGAUUACUGAACUGCAAUGGUCAACAAAACUCGGACUGAACAUAAACAUUGAAUGUGAUUUUCUUAAUGAAACUAAACCAAAAAGAAGUUUGAAUCUAAUAUAUAUUUA